CCGCGAGAUGGUUUCAAGUCGACCAUGUGUAUAUGUUUUUGUUCCGAGUAAAUAAAUAUAAAAGAAAUAAAUAAGUAAACAUAUAGCAAUUUCGCUUUGAUACAUCAUGAGUGGAUCUUCAAGCUCUGAAUCGGAGUCAGACAUUGGCUCUGAUGUCCAUAUGUCGGAUGACGAGUAUCCCGUGUCAGACGAUAACGAGAGCAUACCGGACGACGAUAAUUACCUGGAAGAUGACCAAAAAGAAUCAAGUUGGGCGAACGCGUUGAAAAAAGUCUUGAAAUCCGCCAAAGAUUCCCAUGAUGGACGGUCAAAGGUCUUGUCCAAGGCCAAAAAAAUGACAGAAAUCGAAAGAAUAAAGGUGGAACGCAAGGGAUAUGGUUUCGAGAUUGACGGAGAAAUUAAAGCAGAUGUAAGUGCUCAUCAUGCAAAGACGGAAGAAGCGGAAACGGUGAAGCGAAUGAAGCAGCGACGAGAAAUCCGCGAAAACUUGCUCAGCUUGCGCGUGAAGCCUUCCAUUAAUGAUCGCGAGCGAGAAAAAACACUCCAAAAGAUUGGCACGAAAGGUAUUGUUCAACUCUUUAAUGCAGUGCGUGCACAGCAAAAAGACCUCGACCUAAAGUUACAAGAAGCCGGCAAGCCUGAGUAUAAACGAGAAAAAGUGCUGAAAAAUGUCAAGAAAAAGACCUUUUUGGAUGCCUUGAUGAACGGUCCACGAGCAAAAUCUGAAUUUGUGGAUAAUCCAGUCAAAGAGGAAAACAGAAAAAGAGUCAAAAAAGAAGAGCCAGAUAGCGAUGACAGUGACACGCACAAGAGCAUUUGGAGCGCCCUCAAGGAAGACUUUAUGACGAAUAACAAAAAUUGGGAAAAAUCAGAUGAUGAAGCAGCAAGUAAUACAGAUUAACAAAUAAAAAAAAAAUAAUUAAA